AUGGCAGAUAAUACAAUAAAACUUGGAGAAUAUAUAGUUAUUCAAAAACAAAAUUACAAAAAGCUCCACAAAUUUAAUAAACCCAACUCUGUGGUUAACAUUGGAAAAGAUGCUGUUAACUUAAAAGGUAUAGAGGGUAAUAGAUAUUUUUCUAUAUUUAAAAUGAUACCUCAUGGAACAAAAAGAAAUAAAGAGUAUAAACUAGAGUUAGCUGAAGAAACGUGUAGUUUAAAAGAAGAAAUAACGUUAAAAGCGAGCGGAGCUGACAAUAGGAAUAUAUAUGAUGAUGGAAGAUCACAAAAAUUGUCUGCUGUAGAAAUUGAUGAACUUAAAUUUGACUCCAAUAAAGCAUCUGAUAUUGUAGAAACAAUUAUCACAAAUUCAACAACAUUUCAUAAUAAAACAGAAUUUUCACAAGAGAAAUACUUGAAAAAGAAAGAAAAGAAAUAUUUUGAAUAUGUACAAAUAUUAAAACCUAAUUUAAGAAAUAUAAGUGAGAUAAUGUAUAAGCUUGAGCCUAAUAAAAUACAAGGUAUACGUUUGGACACCUUGUCUCAAAUAAUUACCUUAUCAAAUGUUAGUUGUGAAGGCAAUCAUCUGUUGUAUGAUUCGGGAUCAAAUGGUCUUCUAGCUGCUGCUUUGUUAGGUGCAAUGGGUUCACAGGCUAAUGGAAAAUUAGUACACAUGCACCCAGGCAAUAUGUCGCAGAAGCAAGCAUUGUUAGCUAUGAACUUUGAGACAGAACAAUAUAACAAGUGUAUAUCUGUUAAUGUAUAUUCAGUAUUAAGACAGCUCUACCAGGGUUGUGAUACAAAUACAGUAGACAAAGAAGAUAGCACUCUGAAAAGGAAAGCUGUAGAUGAUUUGGAACAUGAUGCUAAAGUAUCGAAGCUUGAAGAUACAGAAAAUGCAACAUCUAAUGUUGAUAUUGUGAAUACAGGUGAAGAAAACAAACUACCCAGUCCUAAAAAACCUAAAUGGCACUUUGAUAACAUAGCUGCCUCGGAAGUACUAUCAAAUAAAGUAGAUUCUUUAGUUGUUGCCUCAAAGGAAGAUCCGCAAAAUAUUUUCUUAGAACUCCUGCCUUUUGUUAAGCCCGGUCGGCCAUUUGUAAUAUAUUAUACUGUAGCUGAACCUUUACAAAGUCUCUAUAUUACUCUGAAAUGUUUAAGUAAUGUUGCUGCACUGAAAUUAACAUGUAAUUGGAUGAGAAAUUAUCAGAUCCUUCCUGAAAGGACACAUCCUGAAGUAAUGAUGAAUUCUUCAAGUGGAUUUCUUUUGACUGGAUAUGUAUUACAAUAA